UAUGAGCGGGUCUUUUACUAAUGAACAGUGAAUGAUUACAGGUUAGAAAAACGUCGUUUUAAGACAGGUUACAAGUUUUUAGGUCUUAAAAAAGACACAAGAUGUAGACGUAGCUCACUCAGCAGAUGGCGCUGUUGCCGUCACGUACCACUCUGUCCGCCAUCUAUAAACACUCUUGGACGCUUCUCCUGUUUUCCUCGGCUGCUGCGGCACCGCGGUGGCGGUUUCCCGGGCAACCGAGAAGCGACAACAAACGGGAGAGUGAACAAAGUUAACAACGACAACAACAACUGCACACCAAACGACGACGACUGUAGUUAAACACUCAAGGCCGACACCAGACGGUCUGUUUUAGUAAAAUGUAGAUCACUGACAAGUUGAAGGGCUCAAAUAAGAAGUUUCACCACACCCCAGCUGUGGGGUGCAGGGAUGAAAGUGAAACCCCAUUGCGAUAAGUCUGUAAGAGUUAGUCGUUUUCGGUAACUACAUUUUACCGUCAUGAGCGAGGUGUUUGUACGGGUGGCGGUCCGUAUCCGGCCCCUGCUUCCCAAAGAAGUCCUCCACAACCACCAGGUGUGUGUGCGGAUGGUGCCGGGCUCCGCAGAGGUGAUGCUCGGCUCGGAUCGACUCUUCUCCUUCGACCACGCGUUUGGACCGACUGCCAGCCAGGAUGAGGUGUACGAGUCCUGCGUCCAGCCGCUGGUGGAGUCCCUGGUCGACGGAUACAAUGCGACCGUCUUCUGUUACGGACAAACAGGGUCAGGGAAGACAUACACACUCGGAGGGGGGAGUCUGGAUGAAGAUGGAGGAAUUAUUGACUGUGUGGCCCAGGAUGUGUUCUCGUUGCUGGGGGAGAAGGAGAAGCACAGUGAUGGUGUGGAGGCCACAGUGCGGGUCUCAUAUAUGGAGCUGUACAGGGAGGAGCUGCGAGACCUGCUGGAACUGCACACCGUUCACAAAGAGCUUCACAUCAGAGAGGAUGAAAAGGGAAACACAGUGGUGGUGGGAGCCAAAGAGGUGGUCGUCACCUCACCAGAGGAGCUGCUCAACAUUCUAGAGACGGGUAAUGCUCUGCGCCACACCGGCACCACAGGGAUGAAUGAGCACUCCAGUCGCUCUCACACCAUCCUCACCCUUCAGCUCAUCCAGUGUUGCCACAACAACAAGUCUUCCUUAAAGUCAAUCCGCUCCUCCAAACUCUGUCUGGUUGACCUAGCAGGCUCGGAACGUGCUGGAAAAACUGGCAACACCGGGACACGGCUCAAAGAGUCUGUUUAUAUCAACACAGGCCUGCUUGCACUGGGCAAUGUUAUCCGUGCCCUGUCUGAUCCGGCUCGAAAUCGCCGCGGUAACAACUGCAACAGCGCACACAUACCGUACCGUGAUGCCAAAAUCACCCGUCUCCUCCGUGAUGCACUGGGAGGUACCGCCCAUACGCUGAUGGUGGCAUGUGUGAGCCCCUCUCACCACAGUGUAGCUGAGACUCUGAGCGUCCUGCAGUUUGCAUCCAAGGCCCGUCACAUUCGCAACCGUCCCGGAGCGACACAAACAGAGGUUAAGUCAUGCUCUACGGCCUGGGACCCCGGCGAGGCUCGUCUAGGGGAGCUGGAGUAUGAAGUACAGACGCUGAGAGAGAUACUGAAAGAGAAGGAGAAAGAGAUGGAGAUGCAAAGGGAAAGGACAGGUGGAAGAGCAGGAGAGGGGGAGUCCAGUCAGAUGAAGAUAUCUGAGCCAGAUCAGAAGAUGACCCAAGAGGAACCAUCACAGUACGCCUUCCUGGCACAGGAAGCUGCAGUUCUGCUUGCAGAUAUAUCAGGCCUCUCUCCAAGUCAGUCUUUUAGGCUGCGACUUCAGGACUGGCAGGAGAGACUGACAGCUGUCAAUAACGCACUUCAAAUUGACGAUAAGGACUGUUCAGAGGGGGAUGGAGAAAAGCCCAACCACUGUACAAUAUUAAAGCUCAGAGAAGAGCUCAACAAAUGCCAGGAAGCUCUCAACGUAGACGAGCAGCUAUUGGAGCAGAAAGAUGCAGAACUGAGACAGGUACAGAAAGAUGUUGACAAACUUCUUCAAGAGAGUAAAACUCACCUCCAAGCCUUAGAGGAAGAAAAGGAGCGUAAUCGUAUACAGACUGAACAACUGGUGGAGCAGCAGAUUCUGAUUGAUCGUCUUCGCAGCGACCUCAUGACCUUUCGGGGUGCACCCUCAGGGGCAGCAGUGGAAGCAGUGGCUUCAGGGAACUCAGGCAAGAGGCCUCACAGUGUCCCUCUGAUCAGACACAGCUGUGGACCCGGGCCUCCCAGGAGGAUUCACUCCAGUCCCCCAGCUUAUUCACUGGAGAGGGUGAUGGCAGCCUUUAAGAUGCGAGGCCAUCUCCUUCUGGCUGAGCUUGAGGAAAAGGAUGAGGUGUACUGUCCAUUCAUAAAACAACAGGCAGAGAGCAAAGACAGAGGUCAAGAGAAGGAGGAGGAGGAUAACAACUGUGUGAGCAAAAUGCCAUUUAGGCGUUCUUUAAACAGAACAUGGACCAACAGGGAGAAGAAAUCAGCUCUGAAAGAGAAAAACAUCGGACUUGACCAAACAUCUAAUGGGAAUCCAUCAGUAAAACAGCCUCAGCGAGCCACAGGGAACAAGGAAAACCAUGGCAAUCAAAGCCACAUGAGGAAAGCCAGACUCAGAGCCAGUGUUACUCAGAGAAGGAUCCAAGAUCUGUCAGUCAACAUGCGCAUGCAAGAGGAGCUCAUCAAGGAGCUUGACAAAACUGACAAGGAGAUCGAAGUAGUGGACAGACAUAGCAGCCACAGAAGAGAUGGCAGAGAAGCUGGCAUGUUGGCAAGACUUUCCAUGCAGAGCCGGCAGGUCCGCGCAGAGGUGUAUCGCAGCCUUCAGCACAUGAGACUGCAGAGAGCACAGCUUGAGACCAGCCUCAGGCAGCAGAGACAGACCACUGACAACAACAAAGAACUUAGCCAGAAUGGGGUGCAGAGAGCAGGAGAUUUGACUGUGUGCGAAAGCAAUGACCAGGAAGAGUCAGAGGAACAGCUGUGUGACAGCAGCUGGCUGGAGCAGGAGGAGGAGCGGGUGCUUCAGAAGAGAGCAGAGCUGCAGGAGCUGGAGGAGGAGCUGAGGAGGAGAGAGGAGGUGGUCCUGCGCAGAGAGGCCUGUCUGCAACAGAAAAACAAACUGGAGAUUAAGAUGCUGCGCUCCAGUCAGGCCCUGAGUCAGGACCUGCUGCGUGUGUCAAUGCGGUUGGAGUCUGUGGAGGAGCACCUGCAGAGCAGUAGUAAUGCAAGGCGGACUGGAGUCACCGUAGAAGAACUAGAGAAGGAGAGAGACAUGCUUAAAAAGAGGAGAGACACUCUGGACGCACAGCUGAAGGAAAACAGAGUUCUUACCGUGGAGGAGGAGCAUUCCCUGCUUCAGCUGGAGGAAGCUAUCGAAGCUCUAGAUGCAGCUUUAGAGUUUAAAAACCGCUUCAUCCAGGACAAACAGAAGAAGCUGUCAGUCACAGACCCUUCUUCAUGUCAAUCCCAAAACAAUGAACUCGCCCAACUGUGUGAUGUCAUCAGGAAGCUGAAGAAGCUCUCACCACCUGAGGCUUCGGAGCUGCUCGUUAAAUAUUUCAACAAGGUUGUUUGUCUUCGUGAGGCAGAGCGCCAUUUCCGUUUGCGCUGUGAAGAGCUGGAGCUCCAGGCUGGAGAGCAAGAGGAGGUGCUGAGGGAGAUGGAGGCCGCCAUGCAGCGCCUGGCUCUGGAUGCAGACCGCAGGCUCACCCAGCAGCACCGAGAUCACCAGAACAACAUCCAGAUACUCCUGCAGAGACUUCAAGAGGGUGGAUCAGGAGAACCACGGGAGGCAAUCCAGGACAGACUGCAGCAUCUGGAGAAAGAACUGUUUUUCUACAAAAGCUCCAGUCGGCAGCUCAAAAAGAAACUCAGAGAGCUUUUCAGUGGUGCUCAACACCCUGAUGAUCAGCCCUCACACAAACAGGAUAACACACAGUCACACAAUAUUCAGAUAGACACAAGCACAAACAAAUCCCAGACGCACACUGAAGAGGUACAAACAAGGACACAUAUUGCACCAACAUAUACAAAGAUACAUGCUGAGCAAGCAGACCAAAAGACACAGAGCCAUUCUCACAUGAAGAAGCAUGCUCACCAAACCCCCUGUCUCUCCUUAUCCUCUGACCUUCAAGCACACAAAAAGACCAGAAUGCUGGAAUACAAUCAGAUAUGCACACAGUCCCAGGGGAGGAAUGAACGAGGAGCUGGUCACUGUGGGGAAAGUUCAGAGAUGACACCAGUCCGUUUGUGUCGCAGAGAGCUGAGGCAGAUCUCUCCAGCUGACCUGCAGGUCUCUGGUUCUCUGGUCUCUGGUUCUGCCACAAGGAGGCGACAGUCUAUAGUGGAUACCAGCACAGAGUCAAUACUAGAGGAUUCUAUAGAAGUGGCCAGACACAGUGACAGAUGAUGUUGCACUUACACAUCUAUUCAGUGGCUUUAUGUAUAUCGUAGUUUUUACAAGUCACUUGAGAGUAGUAAUAUAUACAACAGAUUCCAAACAGAUGAGCAAAGGAGAAUGUGUGUCAUGAAUAACCAAUGAUAAAACUCAUUGAAUAUGAAUGAGCACUGUUCCUCGCAUCUUAAGUAUCUUGUGAAAAUGUUCCUGUAUGGCUUGUUGGAAAGUUCUUACUUUAAGGACUUUGUGGGGCUUUUGGGUCAGUGAGAAGUGCCCACAAGUGCAUUAAACUGCCUCCCAGAAUGAAAAAAACCCAAACUAUUCUGUAUUUAAUGCAUGCCCAUAUUCACAAUAUACUUAAGGAUGAGAAGAAUGAGUUUUUGUUGAACAGUUAUUGUUCUAAUUUUUCUGUAUAAAGUCAACAUUGUCCUUGUAAUACCACAGAAUAGUGAAACCAUGAGAAACUGCAGAGUUUAUAGCCUGAAGAGAAGAGAGUGUCUUUUAGAUGGACUGGAAUGUGGUUGAUGUUCAAAUGUCUUUACAGUGAAUCAGUUCAGUCUCUUGUCAUAGCACUGAUUUCCUUGGUGGUCACAUAUUUCCCUGCCUAUGCUGUAUGCUGUGGAGUACUUCCUCUCAAUAAGAGAGGAAACACAAAGAAAUGCCAGAGUUGUCAUGACAACAGAGUGAGUCUAAUAAAUGGCACAUAUAGAGAGAAUUUCCAAUAACUUGUCUGCAUAUGUACACUAGAAAAUAGAGCAGAAUGUCUCACUUUGUGAUUAUAGCGUUUUGUCUCAGCUUUUGCCACACUAAAAUACAGCACUGCACAUUCCAAAUUUUGUUCCCCUGAAUUUGGGGAUUGUAAAUUUCAAGCUAUUGUCCUAGAUAAAGACAUAAAACAAGUUCUAAUGGCUAUCUUUGUAAUGUUACAAAUCUUUCUGACACGAAUACACUGUCUGAUAUUAUUUCUGUGUUCUGUAAUGCUGUAGAGCCUUGAGAGGAGAAUUGCUUUUUCACCUUUAAUUUUCAGCACUGUGUAGCACUUAAAAUGGCCAGUGGAUAGUGUGUUGACUGCACUACAUCAGUAAUGUGUGUUUCUUUAUGCACUUGAUUUUUUAAAUCAAUUUUUUUUAUAUCUCUGUGCACUAUGUACUAUUAUCUAUGCUGUAUGUUGAUUGCUGUGUAAAUUAUUUCUUAAAUGGAUGACUCUUAUUACAGUCAGAUUUAUUAAACUUACUAAUAAAGAUAUCUCCCUAAUUUGCCUUUACUGUGUGGACCCAUUCCAUCCCCUUACCCACAAUUCAUGGACAGAUUAACCCUGUGGAGACACAGUUUUUGGGGAUGAGUGUUCUAAAAACGCUAUCUAAUUGUGUUCCUUGUAAAGUUUCUGAUACUAAUGAAUUGCUAGUAAUUCCAAUUGCCAUAAAUCAAAGAAUGAUUUCCUCUCCUCACUUCUCAGACAUUUUCAUUUAAGUAUCUGUCUGAGACCUAGAGAUGUAAAACACAAGCAAAAGAUUUAAGACAAAUUUGUGUUGUAGAACUUCUUUCUUCUCACAACAACUCAGAUUUAUCUCAAGAUCGCUUUUGCAGGGGCUCAAGCCCUAGGCUGGAAACCCCUGGAGUAAAGUACCCAACUUCACAUUUAGUUAAAACUAGCUCCACCUCAAACAGCUACAAUGGUAAAAUGUUGCCUUACAGUAUAAACAGUCUAAUAAUAUCAUCUAUAAUAACAGAUCAGUCAGAGGGGGGAAUUUUCUAUACAAUGUGUUCUUGUUUUUUGUUUUUGAUGCUUUACAUACAGCUGUACAUCAGUACAUUUUGAUAAUAAAACUGACGUUCUUUUAGUAAAGUAGAUAAAGUAGAUUUUGAAACCCAGAUGUUUUCAAACUGAAAUGAAAUGGUCAUGUUGCUUAUAAAUAAGCAAGUUGGUUAUUUUUGUUUGUUUACGCUGUUUAUGGCUGCAGAACUUACCUAAGAAUCAUCACGUUUUAAAGUUGUCUACAACAUCAAAGUGACUUAUUGAUAGUUAUAUGUAAAUCUGAUGGUGCAUAGCAAUCA